AUGGCCAAUUCAGACAACGCAGGCCGUACCUGGAGUGGUACCUACGACAACUACGACUAUGAUACCAGCACCACGACAUAUGACACCACGGGGACGAGCUACGAUCCCACCGGCUAUAGCACCUAUGGCACGACAGGUUACGGAUCCAGAGGGUAUGGCGCCGCAACCACAGGCUACGGCACCACCUACGACACGGGAUACGGUACAACCACCUACGAUCCCAGCACCGGUGCCUAUGACCAGCAUCUAGACUAUCGCACUGACGAGGGUCGCCGUCAUCAUCGCCAGCGUUUGGAUGCCAAUGGCGUCUACCGACACCGCGAUGUUGACCGUCGAGACGACGGCACCGUCCAUGUCCACAGAGAAUACGACAACCCGAACACUGGGACCAGCUACCAUCGAGACUAUGAGCGCUAG